GAGCGGAACGUUCUGGACGUCGAGCGUGAAAUAUACUGGACUUUACUUCCUACCUUCACCACCACGAUGGAGUUCACCGUCCAACGAAGCCUUCUGAACCCCAUGUUCGAAGGCUACAAGCUCGACGCAGUAGACCAGGAGAAGGUAGUGUCGCGUUUCCCCUUGCCGGAGGCGCUAUCCCAAGAGAUUGCAUCUCGCUCGCCCUUGUCCUUCCCAGAAGUUCAGAGCAGGAUCUACCAUAAUCAUCUCUACACUGGGCAUGGUCGCUGUGUAUAUGUUGACAGCGUAUCUCAAGUUGUAUUGGUGGACAUGAACAGGGAUACGCUCGAACCCAGGUUUAGCGUCGUCUAUGAACUUCCGCAAACUAUAACCUCCGCCUCAGCGACUUCAGACAUGCACCCGGAGUUCCCUGUUGCGCUAUUUGCUUCCCCCAAUGUCCUCCUUGUAUCAGAUGGUCGUGGAUCGGUGCACGUUCUCCGGCUAGACUCCGAAGACAAGCCCUCCGCGGAGCCGGAAGUGUACAAUCUGUCUACAGAGGACGCAAGCCAUCAUCCCUUUCGCCUGCAUGAAGCUACAUCGACUCCGGAGGGGCACGUCCUUGCGAUCGUAUCCUUCAGAUGCUAUGGCGCCCAGUCUCAGCCUGCUACCUCUGGAAAGAAGACACCGCCCACAUUUGAGGUCCGAGCCGUCAGCAUAGGACCUUCACCCUCCACCGAAGAGCCGCGUACUCUUGCGACUGUGUUCCGUCGCCGCGGUGACUUCGUCCCGACCUACGUGCGCUACGAUCCCGCUCGCCACCUUACCCUUCUUGCUGGAGGCUCCGUCUACAAGGCUCUCGAAGCUCCACCGACACAUCAUUACGAACCUAAGCCCGACGAGCUCGCUCCCAUCCCACGAGCGGGAGAGAACCUUGAUGGUCCCUCAGAUGCCACCGAUGGACCGCCUCGUCCACCCCCAUAUUCCUGGUAUCAAACCCCCGAUGCCCUCACCGUCGUCUUCGCCCUUCCGCCGACUACCACCAAGCACGACAUCCACGUCGCCUUCACCAGCACCACACUCACCCUCUCCAUUGACAACGUUCCCUCCUCCACCCCCUUGCACCCACCCACCUAUACCUCCGCUCGCCUCUGGGACAAGAUACGCCCCGAAACAACCUACUGGACGUGGGACAGCGAGGACGGCCUCCUCACCCUCACCCUCGACAAGGCCGAGGAGAACCGCAACUGGAUGCACGUCUUCCAUUCCGCGGAGCAGUCGACCUCCGAUGCGCUGCGUUGGGAGGACGCGGAGGUACCGGAGACGCGCGACCCGAGCGAGCUGGCGGGCAUCCGCGACGCGCUGGAAAAGUACACCGCAGAAGUGGGCGGUGGCCUGGGGCACGGCGUCCCCAGCCUUGGCGAGGGCGAGAUGGACAUGGAGAUCGACUCCGCUGUCGGCCGCGAGAUCUGCGUGACGUGGGUCAGCACCGCGGAGGGCGUGCCUGACACGUCGAGCGCGCCGGUGCAGCUGCUGUCGACGGAUAUACCGAGCGCUGAGGCGCACGCGCCCUCCUUCGUCAUCAAGAACGCGCUCGAUGGCGCCGAGUUCUCGUUGGCCAUCGACGAGAAUGGCCCGCAGUGGACGCACGUCGGCACGUUCUCUGCACUCUCCUUCGUCCUCGCCUCCAAGCAGGACACGCGCUUCACCUAUCACGUUCCUGGGCGUGCGGCGAUGGCCUUCGAGAGCGGGACGCGCGACCGGGGCAGCAACGUCUACUUGUACCGCGUCGCGGAGGGUAAAGCCGUUUGGUCGAAGCAGGCUAUCCUCAAGGUCGCAGAAGGCGGUAGCGGCAGCCUCCUUGGCGUCGGCCUCGUCAACGCUUCCCAGCACGGUCCCGUCAUCCUCUGCCUCACUGAGAAGGAGCUCGUCCUGCUGAGGAGCGUCUUGUAG